AUUUAGGAACGGACCGAGUGGUUUAAUGACGUAAUGUCACCGUGACGUAUGUGUGUUUUCGGCAUGGCGUCGCUGUCCUAAGAAUUGACCAGUAUUUCGGAAACAAUUUAAAGCAAAGGAAAUGUUGCUCACAGCUCGCCGUCUGUCCAAAGUGCUGCAGCUCACCCUGGCGGUCAUUAAACCAGAUGCUGUCGCUAAUCCUAUCAUGUUGGAGGCUCUUCACCAGAGAAUCCUGGACGACAACUUUUUGAUUGUUCGAUGCAGAGAAAUUGUGUGGAGGAGACAAGACUCUGAGAGAUUCUAUGCUGAACACUCAGGUCGAUUCUUCUACCAAAGACUUGUUGAAUUCAUGUCAAGUGGUCCCAUGAGAGCGUAUGUUUUAGCCAAAGAGGAUGCCAUACGUAACUGGAGGGAGCUGAUGGGACCGACCAAAGUGUUCAGAGCCAGAUAUACCUCGCCUGCCUCCAUCAGAGCUCAGUUUGGACUCACAGACACAAGAAACACCACUCAUGGUUCAGAUUCUGUCGAGUCAGCACACAGGGAAAUCCAUUUCUUCUUCCCAGACUUCUGCAUUGAAGAGUGGAUGAAGAGAGAAGAGCCAUUGUUUAGAUCAGGACAAAUCUGUUACAACCACGAAAAACAAAUUCACACACUUUCAGAGCAAAGCUGACCCCAGAACUGCUGUUACACUGCUGAAGCACUGCUUAGAGACUCUGCAGUCAUUCAGUGAUUGGUCAUACAAAGUGCAAGGUGUCAGAGAAGAUGAGACAUGAUUCAAAAUGUGCAAGAGUCCUGAAAAAAUGCAUGUGUAGUGUGUGUUUUUUUUUUUUUUGUUUGCUUUUGGUGUUUGUCAAAGUGCCAACAUGUCUAUCUCAAAUUUUUGUCUGUAAACCUUUUUUACAUGUGUAGAAUUAGAACUUUUUUAAAGUACAAUUAAGCACUGAAAGUAUUUUGGUUGAAUUUAUUGUCAUUAUAAAACACAAAUGCCAGAUAAGAAAAUGUUACACAGUUUUGUACAAAACAACACAAUGAACAGACAUUUUUCUCUCACUUUAUCAUCUCAAACUGUUUUCCAGGCAUCACUGUAAAAAGUGCAAUCUUCACAAUCUGUUUCCUGAGCCAUACGCGUUGCAGCACAGCAUGUGAUGUGCAGCAGUUUUAACAAUUAUGAAAUUAAAUCUAUUAUGAGAUGUUUAAAUGUUAAAAUGUACUUUAAACAUAUCUCUAGGUUUAAAUGCCUCACAUAGGGGUUUUAAAUAUGCCAAAUAUUUUUUUCAUUGAUUUAAACCAUUCUGCUGUGCUCUACCCUGAAUUAUUUUUGGUCUGAUAAUCUAUGUAAAAUGUUGUUAUUUACGUUUUCUCUUAGACAGUUUGACAUUUCGGUGUCUUCAAUGUGUCAAAGUCUGGCAAAAAAUUGUAACAGGCACUAUAGAAAUACAUUUUACAUUAAUAUACAAUAUAUUGUAGUUUAGCUUUGUUGUUUUUGUUUUUGUUUUUUUUUUCAAAAAGGAGCCAAGACAAUCACAACAAAUCGGAGCUGUCCUUUUAGCAGCCAUCCAAC